AUGGGGAUGAAACCCGGGUCGGGUAAUGUGAGCUUGGUGAUAAUUGCCUGUAUAGGUGUCCUGAUGAUCUCUUCUUUUGCCGCGGUGGGUAUCAGAAGUCGGUUGUGGAGUGUAAGAGAUUCUGGCCGGCGAGGAUGA